AAAGAAGCAUAACCAUUAAUUUUAUGCACUUUUUCCAGGAAAUAUGUGGAAGUUUAACGCGCACUGGAAUAUGUCGCACAUCUUCUACAGACGAAAUACAACAUAAUGUUAUUCAUUUAUAACAGUAAAUUAUUUUAGAUAUGCAUGACUCUGAGUAUGGAAUACCUUCGCUGAAACGCUCUAUGGGGCCGUGUUGAAAAUAUAUCAAUUCAUCUACAUUUACAUUAGUGCUAUUUUCGUAUACAUGUAAAGAAAUAUAUUAUGGCAUAAGAAUAUGGAUUUCAGUAGUAUCUGUCGUUUCUGUAUGGCGAAGGAUGGCCCAAUGCUGGACAUAUUUAAAGAUGCAGCAAUGAUACUGAAAGCAUAUGCAUUGCUGCCAAACCUAAAGGUGAGGUUAUGGUGUUAAUGUGGAACAUUGUGCCGCGUUAUGUAGUGUUUUUUACGAGUCCCAUUAUUCCGUGUUUCAACCGAACGAGAUAUGCAUGGAAAGAAAUGUUACUGGACGAUGGCUUGCCAAACCACAUAUGCAAACACUGUGUACAUCAGCUGAAAGCAGCUUAUAAGUUCAAGACAAAAUGUGAACACACAGACACCAUACUCCGCAGGCACCUUCAAAAGGCGCAACCUGUCAACACAUCUUCAGUCAUUUCUCAGAGUAAAACUGUUCCAGUAGAAAUUCAAAUUGACACUGAUGAUGAUGAUGUUGACAACACUGCUGAGCCACUUCUUGUCUUGUCCUCAACUGUCAACCUUGAAGACCAAGAUCCUCUGGAUCUUGGACUAGAAGAAAUCCAUAGUCUUUAUGGCACAGACAGUUGCAGUUCUGAGUCAAGUAAUCUGCUUUCCAGAUGUAGCAAACCAGCACUUACCCAGAACUCACACUGCAGUGGAAUGGUGUGUGUGAACUUACAUGAUAGCAAUAGCUGUGUUCCUAAUUCACAGGAACAGGAUUCUGUUACAGUUACAUACAGUAAUAAUAUGGAUUUCAAAAAAAGCGAUAUCACACAAAUAAACUGUUCAUUUGAAGAGGAUACCUCAAUAUCAGAACAUUUUUUAAAUGGAAGUCACAAAAUAUUGCAGUAUAAAAAUAAUUCUAAUGUGGUACAAUACAGGUGCCCCAUAUGUAGUGUGUCAUAUGUUAACAGGCACCGAAUGGAACUGCACCUUGCAAAACACGGCGGAGAAACUCCAUACACAUGCCCCAUUUGUUGGAAAGGUUUUGGAAGAGAGGGUGGGUUGAAAGCACACCUUAAAUUACACACAGGAGCAAAACCUCAUGUGUGCGAAGUAUGUAACAAAGCAUUUUCACUUAAAGGAAACCUAAAAGUACAUCAGAGACUACAUACAGGAGAAAAACCCUUUCAGUGCACAACUUGCAGGAGAGCAUUCACUCAGAAGGUAUCCCUUACAAAACAUAUAUCUGUCCACAGAGAAGAUUUGUGAUAAUAUUAUUACCUUAGCAUAAUUUAUCUGAAUUCCAUCCAAACAUAACUUCUGUUUGUAACUGAAAUGCUCAGGAGUUGAUACUGGAUGUAUCACAUCUCAUUUCAAAUCACUCAGUUGCGUGUAAAACUGGAAACAAGGUUCAAUAUUCAUCUUUUAGUAGAUAUCCUACUUUAUUCACCAAUUUAAUUGAUGAUCAAACAACGUUUCAGGGAUUGAAGAAAAUGUGAUGCUGAUGGAAUGCUUUAUAAUUGGUUACCUAAAUUCUGAAUUUGAGUGUGUGACUGAAAUAUGAGUUUCUCUGCUCAGAGCUUUGUCAUGGCCUAAUAACCACAUUGCUGAAAUGGGUGGGCAAGAGGUAGAAUGGAACAGUGCAUGUACAGAAAAGCAGCUUGUUGAACCUAGCAGUUUUAAAAACAUUUAAUAAAUCACUUUUGAUGUUCAAUUUUAUAAGUGCUGGAAACUUUUUUUUAUUCUGGAAAUAAGGGAGGAAUAAACAGUGUACCUUUGUUGUUUGUUUCUCGUUCUUUGGCUGAUCAUUUUAACAAUUUUUCUUACAAAACUGUGAAUGGUUUUCCUUCAUCUUAAGAGUCAUUUUCAGAUCUGCAUCUUUUGUGUGUCCCAAGUUGGGCAUUAAUUUCUUCUGCGUUCAGCCUUUCUCCCAUCUGUUCUGUCCACUGCAUGCCCUAAACCUUCUUCUGUCUUUCUGGUUCAUUUUACAACUGAGUCAGUCUUGGUGCACUUUGUUGGAAUCAUGAGGCUGAAAAAGAAACAGAAGUGUUUAUGAAGUACGUUCAUACUUUAUUUUCACUAAUUUAAGUUAGGCCUGCUUCAUUCUCCCUUAUGCAUUGCAUAAAGUAUAUGUAAUGUAGUAAUUGGAGAAUAUGAUUCAGCUACCAGCUGCUUAGUGGUGGAUUUACAUUUUCAAUACAGACUUGGAAUGACUAUAAUAAUUGAUUGAUUGUGUCAUUUUGUGACGCAGAGUAGUGGAUUAUGAAAUAUUCUUGCUUUCCUCCUUUUACAGAAGAGCAUUAGCUUGAAAUAGCUGAUGGUUUUGAGAAAGAGUUAACUGUUCCAAACUGCAUAAGGGCAACAGAUAAAUGACAGUGGCUCUCUUUACUGUAAUUACAACAAUUUGUUUUUUGCUUCUGUGUUGGCAGUAUGUGAUCAAAACUAUCAGUUUCUCCACAUUAACAUAGAUUCUUAUGGCAAGUCUUCUGAUUUAACAGUUUUCAAGAACUUGGUGCUUUAUACAAAAUCAAAACCAGCAAACUAAACAUUCCUAACAUCUGACCACUAUUCAGGGCUCAAAUACUACUACUUCUACAUUUAUAAUCAUCAGAGAUGAAAGCUUUUAAUUUUUUUAAUUUUAUACUGCACCCUUAUGGAGGGGAUUUUUUAUCAGUAGGGAAAAGAGAGUUCAAUUAUUUUCUUUCAAUAGCAAGAAAUAUUAAAAGCACUUUUGGAAUUUUUACUAAUUGGGGGAAUUUUUGUAGAUCUCUUUAUGUUUGCUUGGUCUUUCCUUGGAGUUGCUCUUUGUUGUAUAAUUUUGAAUAGGAAUGAUGUAGGUAUAGUUCUGAGGCCACUUUAAUGGUUGAAGGUUUUUAUGAUAAGCCAACUCACUACAAGGAGGAACAACUCUCAAUCAACAUACACAUUUUUUGUAAGUACUAAAGGUUACGUACUCUGGCAGUUGAGUAAGACCUAAUGCUUAUUCUAAAUUAAUGUAAAGCAUAUAAAUAUGACUAGAAUGUAAAUAAAUAUGUAAACCAUUAAAGUAUAAUGAUGUAAAUAAUAUAAUAAAAUAAAGUUAACUUCCUGAUAUUA